GAAGGUAGGAGGAUGCAGAGAGAGGGACGGAGCGCUAGUUGUGAUGGAAAAAGACGGGAGAGCAAAAUCUCUAAUAAUAGCACUGCAGGGAAGCGAGAGCGUGCAGAGAAAAAAGUGGCAGCGAUGCAACGAAGCCAAUCAUGCUGAACCAGACCAGUGAAAGAGCGGGGAAAGUUGAUAACGCAUUGUCCACAUUCCCACACGCAGGAUAGAAAAGACAGAAAGAAGAAAAAGAUAAAUACCAAGCACAGGGAGAAGGCGUGCUCAGUGCAGAGGAAUUACAGAUCAAAGACCCAUUGGAGUAGAAGACAUCCGUAACCUCCAAAGUUCUGGUAUUCAUGCGAGCGCGUCUGUUUCUUCAAAUGAGUUCGAGAAGUUGAAGAUGGCUCGUGGAUGCCUGUGCUGUGUCAAAUACAUGAUGUUCCUCUUCAACCUGUUGUUCUGGUUGUCGGGCUGUGGGUUGUUAGGCGUCGGCAUCUGGCUGUCUGUUUCUCAGGGCAGUUUUGCCACAUUCUCCCCCUCUUUCCCCUCCCUCUCCGCCGCCAAUCUGGUCAUUACAUUGGGUUCCGUCGUCAUGGUAACGGGCUUCCUGGGUUGCCUCGGUGCCAUCAAGGAGAACAAGUGCCUGUUGCUAAGUUUCUUCAUUGUUCUGUUAAUUAUUCUGCUGGCAGAGCUGAUUUUGCUCAUCCUUUUCUUCGUGUACACAGACAAGGUGAGUGAUAAUGCUAAACAGGAUCUUAAAGACGGCCUACGCCUCUACAACACGGACAAUAACGUCGGCCUCCGCAACGCCUGGAACAUUAUCCAAGCUGAGUGGGAGUGCUGUGGUGUAACUGGGCACACAGACUGGCAUGAUGCCCUGCAGGAGAAGACAGUGCCAGACAGAUGCUGCCAGGAGCACUACAGAGCGUGCGGUCGCAACGCCACUAACAUCUUCUGGUCACAGGGCUGCUACGAGAAGGUUGAGGAAUGGCUUAGCGACAACAAACAUUUGCUUGGAACCAUCGCGAUGUGUGUGCUGGUCUUACAGCUGCUCGGGAUGGCCUUCUCCAUGACCUUAUACCAGCAGAUUCACAGAGCGGGAAAGAAGUAUGAUGCCUAGAGGAAGCCUAUGUUACAUGACAAAAAACACUUUGAACACCUUAUGUAUUAUUUCAAAGCCCCGUUUCAUGCCAUCACAAACUAUUACCAUUGAAUAUGAAGCUUUUUUUCGGACUCCAUCAGAUUUAAUUAUGUAGAUAUUUUUGCUCAGCUGCUGAGUGGAUUUUUUUUUUUGCCUGAGGUCUAACUGCAGCUGUAAGAUGAAAACUAGUGAGGGGAAUAGAUUGUGAGAAGCAAUUAUGGAUUUUUGCAACCAUUAAACAGAUCUUGGAAAUAGGCCAUUAGCAUAUGAACUGUACAAAAAUGCCCACGUCAUGUAAGAUUGGACUUCGCGAUGCACACAAAAGGAUACGUUCACUAUUUCUCUCUUGGACUGUUACGUACACGUAGAUGCAAUUUUCUUUUGUUGGUGUAAUAUAUCAAUCGCAUGCUGUAUAUAUUUUACGAUGACAUAAGCAUACUGUACAAUUGCACACAAACAAUCAUUUAUCUGAUGAAGUGUUAGGGAGAGUGGGGUAAGAUGCGUCAAUUCC